AAACAGAAAUUUCUAACCUUAGAGAUUUUGGAUAUUGGUAUAUACAAAUUGCUACAGCAAAACUUCCUGAAAAAAUGACGAGUGAACUUAAUAAACUGAGAAAAGAAAAACUUGAUCAUCUUGUUAACUAUAUUAAUGAUUAUAACACAAUGCAAACCGAUAUUGAAAAUGAAACCGAUCUUGGAAAAUUAGAGAAUUUUUGGCCAAAUCAAAUAAGCAGUUCAAAUUUCACACCGGAAGAUAAAAAUAAUCUGAAUAAAGCCAGAGAAAAUAGAAUUAAUGAACUGAAAAAAACACAAACCGAUGAAACAUAUGAUAAAAUCCGACAAAGUAUAUCCAGAGAAACAGAUACUGAUAAAUUGAUUAAUAAUGGAUUCUGGUACAAUCAAAUACUAAGAAAUAAAAAUUUAACCGAAGAUCAAAAAGUUAAACUGAAUAGAGAUAGAAUCGAUAAAUUAAAAGAAUUAUCUGAUAAAUACUAUGACCAAAUCAGUAAAGAUAUUCAAAGUGUCGAGGAUUACAGACAACUUAACGAUGCUGGUCCGAUUGAUCGUAGAAUCAGACGAUUAAAUGAUGCGAACCUUAGUAAUGGAAGAAAAACCGAGAUAUUACAACAAGAAAGGCGUGGCCGUCUCGAUCUAUUCUUAAAAGAAAAAGCGUUAAGUGAUUAUGAUACUUACAACAAACAAAUUGAUAAUUAUUACAGUUGGCAAUGGGUUCAUCUAUUAACAAAUGAUAGUCCGUUGACAAAUAAUAUAAUGAACCUGAAUCAGACUUUAUUAUCUCCAGAAAAGGAUAAAAAUGUUCUUAUCGAACUUAGAAAAUUUAAAUACUAUAAUUUACUUUACGAUCUUAUAAAAAAAAACAUGGAAGAAGACACUGAUAAAAAUCAAUUUGCAGAUAAUGGAACGUAUGAUAUUUUGAUUCAAGGACUUGAUCAAAAUUACUUAAAACCACCAAAAUCUGUAGAUGAACUACAAAAAUUGAGAAAAGAAUUAGGAUCGAAAUUACAACCAUCAACAAAUAGAAAUAAAAACAACCCUAAAAACUUUUACGAAGCUCUUGAUUCAUUGGUAGGAACAUUCCAAGCGAAAAGAAUGAUCAAAGACUAUAUUUUAGAUGAGAAUGAUAUCAGCAUAUUAAAAAAUGAUGAGUAUUUUGAUCACAGAAUAGAACUACUAGAUGAUAAAAAUAAAAAAAUUCUCUUAAAUCUUCGAAACAAAAUCGUAGAAGUCUAUAAAAAAAAAGAUUUGUUAAAUAAAGAAAAGAUAAAAAAAAAAAUAUCCUUGAUAACAAUCAAAGAUAUAGAUGAUGAUUUU